AUGAGGCAUAUGCUGCAAGACACCGACAACAACAAGGUGUUCCUAGGAGAGCUAGGUCACGUCAUAGUGAUCCUAGUGACGAGGGAGAACAAUUGUCGGAAGUAUAAGAAGUACGUGAGAAUCCUCAAAGGCAAAUGCGCGAACAUCGUCCGCGAGGACAUCUUGAUGUUGAUCUCAGUAGCAUCAAGAUGGAAAUUCCGACAUUUCAUGGUCGGAACGAUGCAGAAACAUAUUUUGAAUGGGAGAGAAAGACUGAGAUGGAGAUAUGGUGAGAAUCCCAUUACCACCACCUGGGGUGACAUGAAAAUUGUCAUGAAGAGGCGGUUUGUACCCAAUCAUUACAAUCGAGAAGUGCAUCAAAAGUUACGAAGGUUAGUGCAAGGAAGUAGAAGUGUUGAAGAAUAUUACAAAGAGAUGGAAAUGUUGAUGAUUCGGACCAACAUUGAAGAAGAUCGUGAAGAGACAAUGGAAAGAUUUAUUGGUGGAUUGAAUCAAGAGAUCCAGGAUCGUGUAGAGACUCAACAUUACGUUGAGAUGGAGGAUUUGCUACAUUUUGCGAUCAAGUUCAGGAACCAAAUCAAAAGAAGAGGAAAAACACAUCAAAGAUUUGGUUCCAACUCUUCUAACCCUCGGCCACAAUUUCACAAAGAAGAUAAGCCAACGUUUGGCUCAAAAGGUACAGCAAAAUCCGAAAGCAAACCUGAAACGUCUCAGCCAAGAAAACAAGGUAUUUCUGAAUCUUCUCAAUCACGUAAUAGAGAUAUUCGAUGUUUUAAGUGUUUCAGCAGAGGACACUUUGCGAACGAAUGCCCAAAUAGGCGAGCAAUGACACUACGUGAUGAUGGAGAGAUUGAGACGGAGUCUGAGGAAGAAGUUAAAUCAGAUUCUGAUGCAUCUACGAAUGAGGUUGGUGAUCAGUUUGCUGCAAAGGGAGAAUUAUUAGUGGCUAGAAGAGCACUAAACUUGCAGGCAAAGGAAGAAGAGACUGUGCAACGACAAAACAUCUUCUACACAAGGGGGGUUGUCAAAGAUAAAGUGUGUAGUAUCAUCAUUGAUAGUGGUAGCUGCACAAAUGUAGCAAGUACAUUGCUGGUAGAGAAGUUGGGGUUGAAAACAAUAAGACACCCAAAACCAUACCGUUUACAGUGGCUCAAUGACCGCGGAGAAACGAAGGUGCAUAGACAAUUGAGUGUGCCAUUUUGUAUUGACAAAUACAAAGAUGAGGCGCUUUGUGAUGUAGUUCCUAUGCAAGCGGAGCACUUGUUGCUUGGUAGACUAUGGGAACUUGAUACUAAAACUCAACACGAUGGCUACAACAAUAAGUAUUCAUUUGAGUUCAAAGGUAAACCCAUUCGACUUGUACCUUUGACACCAAAGGAGGUUUUUGAAGGUCAACUCAAAAUGAUGAAGAAUGAGAAGAAACCGAUCAACAUGUGUGACCAUGAAGUGUAUGACGAUGCUUUUCCUGAAGAACUUCCACAUGGAUUACCACAUAUUCGAGGGAUUAAACAUCAAAUCAACCUUGUCCCUGGAGCUAGCCUUCCAAACAAGACUGCAUACCGAACAAAUCAUGAGGAAACUAAAGAGCUCGAAAGACAAAUGGAGAAAGGUUAUGUUCGUGAAAGUAUGUCACCUUGUGUUGUUCCAGUCAUCCUAGUUCCAAAGAAAGACGUUUACAGCAAGAAUAUAGAGGAGCAUGUUGAACAUCUCAGAUUUAUCCUUGAAGUUUUAAGGAAGGAAAAGCUAUUCUCGAAUCUCAAGAAAUGCACAUUUUGCACUAACAAGCUAGUUUUUCUAGGAUUUGUUGUUAGUGAGCAGGGAAUUCAAAUGGAUGAAGAAAAUGUUGCAGCAAUAAAGAAUUGGCCAACCCCGGAGACGGUGAGUGAUGUAAGGAGUUUCCAUGGACUUGCAAGCUUCUAUCGACGUUUUGUGAAAGAUUUCAGCACCAUUGCUGCACCAUUGACGGAAAUCAUCAAGAAAAACGUUGGAUUUCAAUGGAAGGAAGCACAAGAAGUAGCAUUUCAACUCUUGAAAGGGAAGCUUACUGACUCUCCUUUUUUAUCUCUUCCAGAUUUUUCCAAAGCUUUUGAGAUUAAAUGUGAUGCUUCUGGCGUAGGUAUUGGAGCUGUGCUGUGUCAUAUGGAUGAUCGAACGAUGAUAUUUGUGCAUGAGGCACGGGAAAGGAGCGGAAUCGAGAAGUCCCGGAGAACUCAGAGAAUAUGA